AUGCGUACAUUAGGACCUGACGGGAGACCACAUUCCCGCCGCCGCCACGACGAAGCUGGUCCCUCUAACCCACCUCAAGAGCCAGCACAGCCGCCUCCGGAGCCACCGCAGCCAGUUGGAUAUCCUGGUGGACCAUCAGAUCUAUCUUUACUUGUUCGUUACCAAGACCAUGUCGCUCGCCGUUUGUGGUACGGACAGGAAAGAGGUCCUAAAAAGGAGCUUAAAGUCGCAGGACAUGGGACAAAGCUCCAGGAAAGAGUGCCUAUGAACCUCCCACCAGAGAUGGAGGCUAUUGUGAAUGAGUCAGGUCUGGCUUCUCUUCAGAGAACUAGUCUGACCAAGAUAGAUGUUAACCUCGUCUCAGCAUUUGUGGAGAGGUGGCAUGUUGAGACAUCGUCAUUUCACAUGUCAUUUGGUGAGAUGACAAUUACAUUGGAUGAUGUUACCUGCCUGCUGCAUUUACCUAUUGGGGGUAUGUUUUGGUAUCCUAAUGAGCACGUCACAGAGGAGGUGGCGGUUGAUCUUGGCUGCGAGUUAUUGGGAGUGGGUAGACGUGCCAUGGCUGAGCAUGUGCGUUCAUGCAGGGGAGCUUAUUACUCACUGCAGUGGUUGUACGACAGAUUUGUGGAGUACCGUGCUGCUGGUAGUUGGGACUUCGCGACCAGGGCAUAUUUGAUGAUGUUGGUAGGUUCUACCAUUUUUGCAGAUAAGACAUUUACUUUGGUUGAGGCCCGGUAUUUGCCACUAUUUAGAGACCUACGUGGGCUCAGUCACUACAGUUGGGCAUCUGCUGCCCUGGUCACUCUUUAUCGCCACCUUGGUGAUACAUCUAUGUUUAGUUGCAAGCAGUUCGGUGGAUAUCCUACUCUGAUUCAGUGUUGGAUACAUGAGUACUUUCCUACACUGGGAAGGAAAGGAGAAAAUUGGCGGCCAUCUGAGAACCUUGGGCUUCCGCGGGCGAUGAGAUUGUCCUACAUGCAAGGAGCCAUCAAGGUGGAUGCGUAUAGACCGAUAUUGGACGAGCUGACACCUAUAGAUGUCAUAUGGCGCCCAUUUGAGGAUCAUAGACCUCAUCGAGCUUUUAACGAGUUAUCUCUGUACAGAGGUUUUCUCGUUUGGGGUGAGUUACAUGUGCUAUACUUACCUGACAGGUGUCUUCGGCAGUUUGGUUAUUGUCAGUAUAUUCCGCCUGCACCUCCUGCUGAUACGCUCAGCAAUGAUGAGAUUGCUGUGGAGUGGAUUGCUUAUGUCCAGAGCGUGACAAAUGUGAUUAGAGAUACACAGCCAGUGGGAUACCCUCAUGAGACAGUUGAUGGAUAUUUAGAGUGGUAUUACCGCGUUUCGCAUCCUCAGGUGGUGCCUCCCCCACCUAGUGCGCGUAGAGAGGUUGCAGUUCCUGUCUUUGAGGCAGGACCAGCUGAUCCGGAUUGGGCUCGUGCCUCCACAUUGGUGCACCGUUAUCUCCGGCAGGUAGUGGCAGAGGAGGAUGAUGUCACAUAUGCUGAUUUAUUUGAGGUGUUACGCAUCGCCCGUGAGCAUUGA